AUGAACAUUCCAACCCAGAACAUGAAAUUGGUGUGGCCUCAUCAUCAUCGUCAACAGCAGUCACCCUCUGGGUUUCAAACUGUUCAAGACAGGACCCCUCAUGGUCUGGGAAGAGGUCGCGGAAGAGGGCGUGGUUACUUGAGGGAGUUAAAUGGGAAGUUAGCACAAAAGUCCCCAUUUACCGGACCCGCAAGUGAGGAUCGCACAGUUCAGCGGCAGAAAGAUCUCAUUGUGGUCAAGUUUGACAAUACUGCUGGAGAUAAAAACACUGAAGUGAAAUAUGAAGAGGAGUUUCCUGGUCUUAUUUCUGAUAAACAAAACCAGUCUCAGACUUCUGUUCCACGACGUGGACCCACAGGGCGGACCUCAGCCCGUGGUUCCGGUGAUCAGUUACGUGGUAAUGGUCAAAAUGUACAGAGAACCAAAGAACCCCAGCGCAAGGUGUUGCCACAAGCACCACAGCAGUCUUCUCCCAAGGUGGAGCCAGUUGAGGCACAACCUGUCAUUCCAAACAAUCUAGAUGCUAGUCCUGAACCUGUCGAAAGUCAUACAAAUCCUGAAAGUGGUGAAGACAGUGAUGAGUGGGAAGAUUGCUCAGAUGCUUCAGAUAUUCCAGAGGAGGAUGAUUCCUUCCAAGCUGAUGUUGCCAAGGUUUCUGAAACUAAAGAAAGCACUGCUGUACAUGACUUGCACCUUGAAUGCACCCUUGCCCCUGAUGUUUCUGAAUUUGUGCCAGAGUCCCCGGAUUUCAUGAAAACUCCACCAGGACAUGUCAAAGUUCUGAAUUGGGCCACAGACUGUUGCCCUACUUCUCCUUCUUCACAGGAUUCAUCUGUCACCUCACCACUAUCUGCUUCUCAAGGAUAA